AUGGGAAAUACAACCCCAGAGGCAGCCCCCGCCUACGAGGAUCUCUUCCACGAGCGUCCUGGUGGUCGCACCGGCUAUGCGAUGGUCGAUCAAAUAGACGAUAUCGAUAUCGAUAUCGAACAAGCCCACCAGCAUCCAAAUGGACAGUCGAGUACCCGCGAUCCCGCCUCUAUCCCUCUGUCAGCACCGAAUGACCAGCAUGCCCACUGUGCGGAGUGCGAUCGUCAGCGUGAGCGGAGAGAACGGCGAGAGAGUGCGCAGAAGUCGUGUGGGAUUGUUUCGCGGACGUUUAUUCUCAUUUUCUUGUUCUUGAUGAUUUUGGGGGUUGUGGGGAUCCAGGCGUGGAAGGAGGUGAAGAUUCGGGAUGAUUGA